ACACCGUGCUGUCAAAACUAACCGUGCACUAUAGCUGAUCAUUUGAGAGGAUGAAGUGGAUGUACAUUAGAGGAAACUGCUUUGAGUAAAGCAGACAGAGACGCAAGACAAAUUUUGAAAGAAUGCGUCUUCUCAGCUGCUGCUGACUGCAAAAUAGUGAAACAGAUGCAGUCUUGCACACUGAAGCAAAUACCCCUUGCUGCUGAACAUGGGAUGGGGCAGGGUCAGAUAUCAGUGUGGCUGGAAGACCCAAGUAUAACCAUAUAAGAGAGGAUAUUAAGAAGUUGAUUUGGCCCCACUCAUCAGGAGAGCAGCAUUCUAAACUGGUACAAGUGGCACACUGGACUUUCAGUAACACAUUAUGGAGGAACAUAGUGAGGCAGUGCUGAAAAGAGGGUCUCUUGGAAAUGAUGAGGGGGAUAAUGAUGCAGCCACUGCAAUGAUCUGGAGCCUGGAAGAGGCUGCCCAAAAGCAGACACAGCAAAUAGGAGUCUCCGCCUGUGGUGCCACAGCUGUUGUUGAUGUUCUCCAAGCUCUGGGAUUCAAUGUAACCCCACAAAUAGUGGAACGCUGUGUAAAAACUAACUUGCGCAAGAAUGAAGCACCCUUACCAGAGUAUCUCCUGUCCAGGAGUAUAGCAGGUGCGACGCAUGCUCAGCUGAUAGAAGGUGCAGAGAAGGCAAGUGAUGGGAAGGUAGUAGGUCGUUUCUUUCAUAUGUAUCCAGAACGCCAGAUACACCUGCCCAAAUGGUUGUCUCACUGGAUCAGUAUUGGGGCUGUGCCUGUGGCCACAAUGAACAUGCAGUUGGCAGUACCCAAGGGGGAGGAAAUCCCAGAUGCUUGGCACCAUCAAAUGAUCUUUGGGGUGAUGCCAGACUUUUUAUGCAUGAUCAACCCCUUGGAAGUAGAGAAAACCAGUGUGGUUAAACAAAGGCUAUGCAGUGACUCCGUCCUUCUGAUCAGGAAGGAAGACAUCUUGAUAAGGCUGUCUGAAGACACAAAGUUGUCUGCUCUGUCACAAGUGCAGGAUGAUCCAAGAUGGGAUCAGCUGGAUGUACCUGGCCAAGUUGGGCAGAUGAUCUAUGAGGAAAUUACUCCAGACGAGGGAACCAAUGCAUUACAUGUGCUCAUCCCGGCAGCAUACAAAUCUGGGAUCACAGUCUUUGCAGUGAAGGACACUGAUACAGCACAAGAGCUCCUUGAUGUUCCUGAGCUACCUUUACAAUAGAUGAAACUGUUUGGACCAGAGAUGGAAGGCAUGUUGUGUUCAGUUAGUAUCUUUUCAGUGAUAGUGGGGUUUCUUGCAGGUUCAGUCCCUCUAGGAUUAUAGAGUAACUGAUAGCUGAGAGUGAGUACAAAAAAAAUGAAAUUCUUCAGUAGCUGAACUUGCUCAUUGUUCUAACCUUUGCACCUGCCUUAGCUCAAAGAUUUUACUUGCAAAAUAUUUUGUUUUUUGUGUUCUCCUGUUAAAUUUACUUCUGUAAAUGAAAGAAAACUGAGUAAGUAUAGAGAAAUCCUUAAGUCCUGACUCUGAACCACUGUGCUAAUGGAUGUAAAAUGUUUUCCUUUAUGCAACAAAAGUUAGUCAAGAUGUACUACAAAUAUAUAUUUUAAGUUAUACUUUCUGUGCCGAGUUGCCUCUCACUACUUCUGUUCCUGCUGAGUUGGUCUUGGACGUCUGGAAAAGUGGAGUCUCUAUCCUCAAGGAAUUCUUGCCUCACCGUUAGCCACAACUUUGUAAUUAUUUUUAGUCGCAUUGUUCCCUGCUUGCUGUCCCAUGUCAUCUGCUAUGACUCCUGCAUCAUCUGAGCCACUCUAAGUGUAAAGUACUAGCCAGCCAGCAUGCCUUUUUGCUUUUUAAAGGGUUAGCUCAA